AGUGUGGAAGAGAAGAGCGCAGAGCAACGUGCAGUACGAUGCGGGGGUUUCUCAACUCCGCGGCACUCGUCUCUUCUGAAGGAUAGGCUUUACCUAUCCCUUUGUAAAUUAUAUUUUUGUAGGAUUUUUAUAAUUUUUUCUUCCAACACUGUCUCCGGACCAAUAUUUUGCGUUCUGAUCGGAAUGGAUGACUGCAGUUGAUUUCUCUGUCUCAACUAAAUGCCCGUGGCGUAGCGAAAUAGAGGCACUUUGAGUGAAGGACGCGUUGGUUUACUUACAAUCAUUCAACAGAUAAAAACCAUCCGCGGAUCAAAGUUGAUCUGGAUAUCUGCUUGCCUGGAUAGAACGCAACCAUGGCGGAUGCUGCAGCCGAAUACGGCGUGAAAGUAAUGUGCCGAUUCAGGCCACUAAAUGAAUCCGAAAUAACAAGAGGAGACAAAUACAUCCCCAAAUUCAAAGAAGACGACACCGUGAUUAUAACUGGAAAACCGUAUGUCUUUGACCGCGUCCUGCCUCCCAAUACAGCCCAGGAGCAGGUCUACGAUGCCUGUGCAAAACAGAUUGUUAAAGACGUCCUUGGAGGAUACAAUGGAACCAUCUUUGCCUAUGGACAGACCUCCUCGGGGAAGACCCACACCAUGGAGGGCAAGCUCCACGACCCCCAGCUGAUGGGCAUCAUCCCACGCAUCUCUCACGACAUCUUCGAUCACAUCUACUCCAUGGACGAGAACCUCGAGUUCCACAUCAAGGUCUCGUAUUUUGAGAUCUACCUGGACAAGAUCCGAGACUUACUAGAUGUGUCGAAGACCAACCUGGCUGUGCAUGAGGACAAGAACAGAGUUCCCUAUGUCAAGGGUUGUACAGAGCGCUUUGUGUCCAGUCCAGAGGAAGUCAUGGAUGUCAUCGAUGAGGGAAAGGCCAACCGGCACGUGGCUGUGACAAACAUGAAUGAGCACAGUUCCAGAAGCCACAGCAUCUUCCUGAUCAACAUCAAACAAGAGAAUGUGGAAACAGAGAAGAAACUGUCAGGGAAGUUAUACCUGGUGGAUCUGGCUGGGAGUGAGAAGGUCAGUAAGACAGGUGCUGAAGGAGCCGUGUUGGACGAAGCUAAAAAUAUCAAUAAGUCCCUCUCUGCUCUGGGGAAUGUCAUCUCUGCUCUGGCUGAGGGGACAAAAACCCACGUCCCGUACAGGGACAGCAAGAUGACCCGUAUCCUGCAGGACUCUCUAGGGGGGAACUGUAGGACCACCAUCAUCAUCUGUGCAUCUCCCUCCAUCUACAACGAGUGUGAGACCAAGUCUACCCUCAUGUUCGGACAGAGAGCCAAGACCAUCAAGAACACCGUGUCUGUGAACCUGGAGCUGACUGCUGAGGAGUGGAAGAACAAGUACAACAAGGAGAAAGACAAGAACAAGAGUCUGAAGAACGUUAUCCACAGGCUGGAGAUGGAACUCAACCGCUGGAGGAACGGUGAGAACGUCCCUGAGGAGGAGCAGCUGAGUGCUAAGGAGCAGAAGCACCUGGAGCCGUGUGACAACACUCCCAUCAUAGAUAACAUGGCUCCAGCUAACGGACUGGUUCUGGUCUCCACCGAGGAGAAGAGCAAGUAUGAGGAGGACAUCAGCAAUCUGUACAAACAACUGGACGACAAGGAUGAUGAGAUCAACCAGCAGAGCCAGCUGGCUGAGAAACUCAAGGAACAGAUGUUAGACCAGGAUGAGCUGCUGGCGUCGACGAGAAGGGACUAUGAGAAGAUCCAUGAGGAUCUGUCUCGUCUGCAGACGGAGAACGAGGCUGCCAAGGAGGAGGUGAAGGAGGUGCUGCAGGCGUUGGAGGAGCUGGCUGUGAACUACGACCAGAAGAGCCAGGAGGUGGAGGACAGGAGCCAGGCCAACCUACAGCUGCAGGAGGAGCUGCAGCAGAGGACUACGGUCCUGUUGUCAGUUCAGAUGGAGCUGACCACGCUCCAGGAGCUCAGUGGACACCAGAAGAAGAGAGCCGCAGAGAUCCUCCACCUGCUGCUCCGAGACCUCAGUGAGAUAGGAGCCACCAUGGGCACCAGCGACAUCAAGGUGAUGGCUGAGGGGAACGGUAACGGUGGAGUGAUUGAGGAAGAGUUCACCAUGACCCGUCUCUACAUCAGUAAGAUGAGGUCAGAGGUCAAGUCUCUGGUGAACCGCUCCAAGCAGCUGGAAAGCUCCCAGGGUGACACCUCACGCAAGAUGGCCGCCAACGAGAAGGAGCUGGCUUCCUGUCAGCUGCUCAUCUCCCAGCACCAGGCCAAGAUCAAGUCCCUGACAGACUACAUGCAGAACAUGGAACAGAAGAAGAGACGGCUGGAGGAGAGUCAGGACGCUCUGACUGAGGAGCUGGCCAAGAUGCACGCUCAGGAGAAAAUGCACGAGGUGUCAGUGGUGGACACGGAGAAGGAGCACGUCAGUAGUCUGGAGGGUGAAGAGGAGGUUAAGAAGACUCUAGAACAGCAGAUGGAGGCUCACAGAGAGGCCCACCAGAAGCAGCUGGCCCGACUCAGGGACGAGAUCGAUGUCAAACAGAGGACGCUGGAUGAACUCACAGAUCUGAACCAGGGCCUGAUGCUGGAGCAGAGGAGGCUGAUGUCUGACCAUGAGAAGCUGAAGGUGGAGGAACAGGAGAAGGACAUGAAGCUCCAGAAGCUGGUCAUCUUCAACGAGCAGAGAGAGCAGGCCAGACAGGACCUCAAGGGACUGGAGGAGACUGUGGCCAAAGAGCUGCAGACUCUUCAUAACCUACGCAGGCUCUUUGUUCAAGACCUCACAACACGCGUCAAGAAGAGUGCAGAGCUGGACUGUGAGGAUGGAGUGGGCAGUGCCGCCCAGAAACAGAAGAUCUCCUUCCUGGAGAAUAACCUGGAGCAACUCACUAAAGUCCACAAGCAGUUGGUGCGUGACAACGCGGACCUGCGCUGCGAGCUUCCCAAGCUGGAGAAGCGUCUGCGGGCCACGGCCGAGCGGGUCAAGGCCCUGGAGAAUGCCCUGAAGGAUGCCAAGGAGAACGCUAUGAGGGACAGGAAACGCUACCAGCUAGAGGUGGACCGCAUCAAGGAGGUCGUCAGGGCCAAGAACAUGGCCAGGAGAGGAAACUCCGCUCAGAUCGCUAAGCCCAUCCGGCCAGGCCAACACCCCCUAUCUUCCCCUACAGUAAUCAGAGGAGGAGGCCUCUACAGCCACAGCUACAACCUCAGCACCAAGUAACCAUGCAGAAUCUAGACCCUGAGUCACGAGUGCAUGUGUGGUAGGUACAGACUGUCCCAUUCCCAGUACCCCUCUGCCCUCAUCCUAUUGUCCUUCCUCUGGGUCUAGGAGUAAGACCCCUCUGCCCUCAUCCUCCUGUGCUUCCUCUGGGUCUAGGAGUAAGACCCCUCUGCCCUCAUCCUCCUGUCCUUCCUCUGGGUCUAGGAGUAAGACCCCUCUGCCCUCAUCCUCCUGUGCUUCCUCUGGGUCUAGGAGUAAGACCCCUCUGCCCUCAUCCUCUCCUGUCCUUCCUCUGGGUCUAGGAGUAAGACCCCUCUGUCCUCAUCCUCCUGUCCUUCCUCUGGGUCUAGGAGUAAGACCCCUCUGCCCUCAUCCUCCUGUCCUUCCUCUGGGUCUAGGAGUAAGACCCCUCUGCCCCCAUCCUCCUGUCCUUCCUCUGGGUCUAGGAGUAAGACCCCUCUGCCCCCUUCCACUCUACUCUGUGUCUACUCUACAUACCGUAUGUCUCUCUCUUUUCCGUUGUUCAUGUACAUAUAUAUUUAAUUGUAGUGUUGUCUUGGAGGGGAAGCUGUGUGCUGAUAGAUGGUUACAUGUAUAUAACAGAGAGUGAUAUGCCAUCACUAAGAACCACGUUGUAUAGCAUAUGACAGUCACAGUCGUGUAAACAUGAUCUUUACUUGUUGUUGAAGAAUCCUUUGCUUUUCCGACCGCAUUAGGAAUGUAUGACAGUUCACCUGAAGAAGUUCAAAGUUCAGACUGGAAUGAUCGCCCACCUGCACUGUGUUCUGCACCACAUUCCUUUACUUCAGUUAGGAUCAGCACGUUGUUUAUGCUCUGUUGUAUUGAUAAGCAUAUUGAUCAUGGUUUACCUAUGCUUUUAGGGACACUUUAUUCUUAAAAUAAGCUAAGUUAGAAUGUAAAUGUUUUAAUUCACUUACAAAACAAGCUGUGCUCUAUUUAAGCAAUAAGGCCCGAGGGGGUGUGGUAUAGGGCCAAUAUACCACGGCUAAGGGCUGUUCUAAGGCACGACGCAACGUGGAGUGCCUGGACACAGCCCUUAGCCGUGGUAUAUUGGCAGUAUAUCACAAACCCCCAAGGUGCCUUAUUGCUAUUAUAAACUGGUUACCAAUGUAAUUAGAGCAGUAAAAAUAAAUGUUUUGUCAUACCCAUGGUAUACGGUCUGAUAUACCACGACUGUCAGCCAAUCAGCAUUCAGGGCUCGAACCAUCCAGUUUUUAAUUUCAAUUAUGCAACUGAUUGUAAUGACCACUGCGUUGAGACCCAAAAAAAUUCCCAAUGUUACCAAGAGCCUCAAAUUGUGAGGUAGAUUUCAAUAUCCACCAUUAGAGGGCAGUGUUUGACAGCUUAGUGCACUGCACUGUAUCCAUACUAGGCUAAUGCAGUGAUGCUGAUCAGCCAAUCAGAGAUGUUCAUGCAGUGAUCCUGGGGAACAGUGCAAUACACUCUAUAUCCAAAACACUAACAGAAAGAGAAAUUGGUAUAAAAAAAAAGUUAUGUAAACUUUCUACUUACAAUGUGGCUCCAAUUGUUUUCGUUAUUUAUCACCGAACUUGCCUCUCACCACUUGCCAAACUGUCAUUGUAAAUAAACAUGUCUAGGUAACUGACUCGCCUAAUAUAAACUCAUUUUAAGUAAAAGUCAUGUAAAUAAAUGUCACCAGGAAGUGAAUUAUGUUUAAUCUGAAUGGAGAUCCAUUCCCCAAGUAUGUGUUGAUCAUUUCUGUCAUGCUUUUAAUUCGAUGAUCUCAGAGCAUGAUUUGGAUAUAUGUACACAAGGUUCUAGACGUGUGUUCCAUUUGUAAACGGUUACAUUGUUGCCGUUCUCACCGCCAGGCCUAUAGCUCUGCUCCCCGUAGUACGGCUGUGGGGGGUUGUAAGACGUUCCCUCAAUGAAGGAACAGCACCACAAGGAAAAUUAGCUUUGAGAUGUUGCUUUGAACUCUGCCUGUGAUCUUAUGGAGGCUCCAAAUAAAAACAGGAAUAUGAUUGAUCCAUGGAAAUUCUAACUGCAUGGUGUAUAAUUCAUUUGAAAUGUUUAAAUCGAAGCGAAUAAAUAAAGAUAUUUAACAUAAA